CAGAGAAGUCUCCCAACAGCAGCAACACUUCUUCAUACUGCCACCGGCCUUCUUCCCCUCUUCCCCUUUAACAACCACCUUCACCUUCUUGUCUCCUGUUUCUCAAAAACCCAGCUUUGCUUGCUCUGGAUUCUCUCUGCUAUGGCCCUCACCAAGUGCUCCCAGCAGCGAUGCAACGAAUGGGUGUUUCGGGAUGUUCCUAGUGAUAUUAUAAUAGAAGUUGAUGGUGGUAUAUUUUCACUACACAAGUUUCCCCUGGUGUCAAGAAGCGGGCGGAUAAGGAAACUGGUAGCGGAGCACCGGGAUUCUGACAUAUCAAGGAUUGAGCUUGUAAGUCUACCAGGAGGAACGGAAUCAUUUGAACUGGCAGCGAAGUUCUGCUAUGGCGUCAACUUUGAGAUCACGGCAGCAAACGUUGCCCAGCUUUGUUGCAUCUCAGAUUACCUUGAAAUGACAGAUGAGUAUUCAAAGAACAACCUUGGCUCUCGAGCCGAGGAAUAUAUUGAGAGUAUUGUUUGCAAGAACCUUGAAAUGUGCGUUGAGGUGCUUCAGCAAUGUGAAAACCUGCUCCCUCUUGCAGAUGAGCUUAAGAUUGUUACGAGGUGUAUUGAUGCCAUUGCCUCGAAAGCUUGUGUGGAGCAGAUCGCCUCUAGUUUCUCGCGCUUGGAGUACAGUAGCUCGGGAAGACUCCAUAUGAGUCGCCAGGCCAAAUGCGAAGGAGACUGGUGGAUAGAGGAUCUAUCAGUGCUUCGUGUCGACUUGUAUCAAAGAGUCAUAACAGCAAUGAAGUGUCGUGGGGUCAGGCCCGAAAGUAUCGGAGCAUCGCUGGUGAAUUAUGCGCAGAAAGAGUUGGCCAAGAAAUCGAGUUUGUUAUGGAAUCAAUCCAGCCAGUCCAAAUGUGACAUAGUUGCAGGCUCGAGUGACCAAGAAAAGCUUGUAGUGGAGACGAUUGUAGCCCUAAUGCCUGUUGAAAAAUUCGCAAUUCCCAUAAGCUUUCUCUUCGGGCUGCUGAGAAGUGCUGUGAUGCUUGAUUGUGCAAUCGCUUGCAGGCUUGAUCUCGAACGACGCAUAGGAUCCCAGUUAGAUAUAGCCACUCUUGAUGAUCUCUUAAUCCCGUCCUUCCGCCACGCUGGCGAUACGUUGUUUGAUGUUGACACGGUUCACAGAAUACUGGUUAAUUUUUCUCAGCAGGACGACAGUGAUGAAGAUAUGGAAGAGGGCUCGGGGUUUGAGUCCAAUAGCCCUUCGUCGCCCUCCCAAACUGCACUAUUUAAAGUCUCGAAACUGGUGGACAAUUACCUGGCUGAAAUCGCACCCGAUGCAAAUUUAAAGCUUAACAAGUUCAUAGCAAUUGCAGAAACAUUACCAACACAUGCCCGUACUAUCCACGAUGGACUCUAUCGAGCAAUUGAUGUUUAUCUCAAAGCUCAUCAAGGUUUAUCAGAUCCCGACAAGAGGAAGCUCUGCAGGCUGAUUGAUUUUCAGAAGCUAUCACAGGAAGCUGGUGCACACGCUGCGACGAACGAGCGCCUUCCCCUUCAAUCAAUAGUCCAAGUGCUUUACUUCGAGCAGUUGAGGUUGCGAAACGCCUUAUUCUGCUCUUACCCUGACGAAGAUCCGAAGCCAUUGCACCAAUCGUGGAGGAUCAACAGUGGCGCUCUUAGUGCUGCAAUGUCUCCCAAGGACAACUACGCGUCUCUGAGGCGAGAGAACAGGGAGCUCAAGCUUGAACUAGCGCGGAUGAGAAUGAGACUAAACGAUUUGGAGAAGGAGCAUGUCUGUAUGAAGAGGAGUAUGGAAAAAUCCAACUCUAGGCGAUUUAUGAGUUCCUUUUCCAAAAAGAUUAUCAAACUCAACCUUUUUGGACAUAGUUCUUCCAGGGAGUCGACUUCUCCCUCAAAGCAGUCACAGAGAACUGAUUCAAAGCUAACAGAAACAACAUGAACAUUGCUUCAGGUACAUCAAAUUGCUGCGAACAAAAAAAAAAUUAACUUUUUAUGCUGAUAAACCAUAGUUAUCGCCUGUAAAUUGUGUAGUCUUUGUUCCAUCUUCCACCGCCCUUUCCCUUGUUAGUUUUCCUAUAUAUUGUAUAUGGUUUGCAGGGAUGUGUAUUAGAAACCGAGGUUCUUCAAUUCCUUUUAUUGUACUUGAGAGGUUUUGAAUUUUGAUGAAUAUGAUUUUUCUUAUGAAAGUCGAACAUAAGGAUACAAAUGUAAGGUCAAA